GAUUAUCCUAAGUAACAACACUAACAUCAGUGUUCUUGAUCGUUUUAUGAGUUAUUUAUAUUAAAUAACAGUGGUCUGAUGUGGUGGUCUUCACUGCAUGCUGACAUCAUUUCAGGGGUUUACAGCGUGGUGGUGGCAGUGUGGCGCAUCUGUGCUCUUCCUCGGACUGCAGCUGCUCUGAUGCUCCUGAUGCUGAUUAAAUGACAGUUUAAAAGCCUGAAAGAAUCUCAGACGCAGAGGAAACCAAGGAAUCCGUCUCCUGUAUUUUCAGUUACCUGUAUUUUAGGCCCACCGACAGGCCACAGGCUUUGCUGUUGUCUCUCUGGGAGGAUGUCGUCAUCCGAAAAUGCUGAGUCACAUAAAGCCUGUGAAGCGUCACUCGCUCCAUCAGAGGCUGAACCCCUGAGGGUCGUCCUGUUGGGGAGGACAGGAACAGGCAGAAGCUCCUCAGGCAACACCAUCCUGGGCAGGUCGGCUUUCUGGGUCACCGUCUCCCCCUGUUCUGUCACCACACAGAGCACGAGACAGACUGGGACAGUGGACGGGCGCAGUAUCUCUGUGAUUGACACUCCAGGCUUCUUCCACACACACCUGUCCACUGAGGAGGUCAUAGCAGAGGUGGGACGGUGCGUUGCCCUGUCCUCUCCGGGACCCCACGCUUUCUUGGUGACCCUGCAGCUUGGCAGGUUCACCCAGGAGGAGAAGGACGCCUUAGAGUGGAUCAAGGCUACAUUUGGGCCCGGAGCCACCAAGUUUACCAUGGUGUUGUUCACCUGUGGGGACCAGCUGCAGGGCAAGAGCAUCAAGGACUUCCUGGGAGAGAGCGAAGAGCUGUCAGAAUUCGUCAGCAGCUGCCACGGGGGGUAUCAUGUCUUUAAUAAUCACGAACAGGACAAGACAGCGUGCUCACAGCAGGUUGCACAGCUUCUGGAGAAGAUAGACAAGGCUGUGGAAAACAAUGGAGGCGGUUGCUAUAGCAACGACAUGUUCAAGGAGGCAGAGAGGGUCAUCAAGGAGGCGCAAGAGAGGGUUCGGGGACAAAGAGGACUAAGGAUGGAGUCUCCGAUCAAGGUGGCUACAGGCAAAGAGGAGCAGGGACCAGGCAAAGAGGAGCAGGGACCAGAGUUAGAGAGGAGGAGGGAGGAGGAGGAGAAGAGGAAGGAGGAAGAAGAGGCCAGGAAAAGAGCGGAGAGGCUUUUCUGGUGCGAGCUGUUGACUGCAGUGGGGAAAGGUGCAGCAGAGGGGGCGGGGAUCAUGGACAAGGACGAAGGGAAAGGGAAGGCUGUGAAGAAGGUGAAGGUGGUAGAGAGGGCGGCUGCUCUGGCGGCGUCGCCACUCUCCAUCACUUCAGCUGCGAAAGCGGUGGGAGGAGCUGUGAGGGAAGGAGGCAAGGUGUUAUAUAAGCACAGAAAAACUUUCCUGAAAACACCUCACUGAACGAGGUCAAGUAUCCCUCACCGCCAUGACGCCUAAGAUCAACACAGAGCUGAUGAUGUGUGAAAGAAAAAGUCACUGAGCUUUGUUUUCAUUGUGCAUCUAAUGCUAACAAGCUUUGUUUACCGUCAACACGAUGCACCGCUACUUUAAAAACAUCCUGUAAAAUAAGACUGCAUGUGCGUGUGUGUGCAUGUGUGUGUGCACUCCACAGAAAGGCAAACAUCCUGGUGUGUUGCGCUCCGUGUGGAUUGUUCACAAAAACCACAGCCAAACCUUUCAGCUGAGAGAAUUCACGUUAUAAUAAAUGUAAUGUCAUAAAAAUGGUGUGCAAUUCAACUUACUGCAACUAAAACAUUUGUGUCAUGUUUUACAGAAAUUCAUCACGCUCUCCGGCCAUUUUUCCAUUUUUAUCCGCAGUACAAGAAGACAGUUUGGUCGCAGUACCAACCCAGAAAGAACAAAAACAUUUGUCUGACUAAAACAUUGCAGCAGUUAUCUGUUCCAUCUUUGGCUUCAUUUAACACGUGACAACAUGUUUAGCCCUUUUUUCUCCCUUAAAGAAAUACACUGAAAUAUAAAAAGACAACAAUUAAGAGGAAAUAUAAAAAGUAACAUACCUGGCAAAUCAUGAAAGGAAUUAUCAUUUGCAUAUACAGUAAGCUAUUCAGGGAGUGUCUUUACAUUACAGAUCCAAAGAGGAAGACACUUUGUGGAAGCUGUUCAGCUUUAAAGCCCCUUGAGGCAAAUUUAUGAUGUUGGGUUAUAUAAAUAAAACUGACUUGACUGGAAGAGUGCAGUGUACGAUUUAAAAAUAGAAACUACAAUAUUUGUCAUUGCUGUAAAUCAUGAGGCAAGACUGAGUUUGUCAAACUUGGAUAACGUGUGGGAAGCUUUGACAUGAAACUGUGGGCACUUUUCAGCUUUUAAGGGCAACAUUGGGACGUUUCAACCUGGAUCCUAUUUACCUAUGUUUUUGUGACGAAGUGACAAAUGAAGACAACAAUUUUUGAAACUCCCAGUACUGAACAAGACUGCUGCAGCAAGCAGUGGCGAAACAGGAUGCAAUGUAACGUUACUAGGCAAUUGCACAUCUUUAAUUCACAAGUCCUUUUUUGCCACCGACAGGCUCAGAUUAUUAUUCCAACUGUUUGACAGCAUUAUGGAAAGGAUCCUACAGAGAUAGACCUUUUUGUUGAGGAGUAACAUCCUUUUUGUUUGACCGGAAACAGCCCCCAAAUCCCUAUCGCCAAACCAACCAGACUCCAUUUAAAAAAACAGUGAUUUUAUCAUCUUAAAACACACUUCAUUCAAAGUUGACAGAAACAAAAUCUGACUUAAAAGCCGUCUUGGUUGUUCAAUCCACCGUUCAAACAAUCACCAGCUCUGGUCUGGUUAAAAUAAACCCUUAAUUCACCCAGUCAGAUGUGAAGUUAUGCUGGCUCUAUACUAGCUAAAAUCGCUGUGUAUUUAAAUGGAGUUUGGCUGGUGUGGCGAUGCCAAUUGCACGCCUGUUUCUGGUUAAACAAAAAGGAUCCUACUCUUCAAAAAUCUGUCUGUCUCUGUAGGGAUCCUUUCCAGUCAGUGGCCAAAACAAGCACUUUUAGUGGACGUAAAUUUACGGUGCACAAAUGCCUCAAGUUGUCAUUUGCAGCCUGUUUUGUAGCUGCUGACUGCAUUGCUGUCUCUCAAUACUGGAUCAAUUUAAAAAACAUACCCAUUAGUCACUUAGACACAAACACAUAGGGAAAUAAGUUAGCCUUGAACUCAAGACAGACUGGAUCUAAAACUCCAUACAAUCUAAAUGUUUUACAAUUUUGUGGAUUCAACAUUGUAACAGUCUCAAAGGGAAAGUAAAGACAAAUACACAGUUUCCAUAGUGUUACUCACUUGCCUGGAUUUAAAUUCCACAUGCACAUCAUCAGGGGACACCUUUCCAGUGUCACAUUU